GCCGAAUCAUCUUUCAGGGUCAAGCCAGUCAAAGGGAGAGGUGGGGUAAAUGCACUGAGUAAUGCUGCUGCGGAAUAGCGACCGCUCACUCCGCGUGGUUCGUGAGUUAGCUUCCGUUGCUCCUGGGAACCCCUCGUUGAUCGUCAUGCACGUAAUAAAUUUGAGGGGUACAAGCGGAAGCUGCAGGUCACUCCUUCCCCUCCCGACAACGAUCUCCCGCCUUCAACUUCAACUACUCACACCAAUUAAUGACUCUUCAUUCCAUCUCCCAAUCUCAAACUUCCUGAAAACACACAUUCUUAAAAAUGGCGAGCAUUAGCAGCAGCAACGGAAAGGGUUCGGCAAGCACAAGCACGGCUGUGACGAAGGACUACGGCAAGAGACAUGUGAUUGUCACUGGAUCCUCAAGAGGAAUAGGCAAAGCAAUCGCAAUCCGGCUGGCAGAAGAUGGAUUCGACGUUUGCAUCAACGAUGUUCCCGCCAACCAAGCAGGCAUCGACGAAGCCGUCAAAGAGAUCCAAGCCCUCGGUCGCCAAUCCUACGGCCACGCCGCCGACGUCUCCAAACUCUCCGAAGUCGAAGGCCUAAUCGAAGCCUCGGUCAAGCACCUCGGGCCCCUCAAUGUCAUGAUCGCAAAUGCGGGCAUCGCACAAGUUAAAGCUCUUCUCGAUUUGUCCGAAGAUGAUUUGCGGCGUAUGUUUGAGGUUAACGUCUUUGGUGUUUUCAAUUCGUUUAGUGCGGCUGCGAAACAAAUGAUCAAGCAGGGCACUGGUGGAAAACUUGUUAGUUGUGCAAGCAUCGUUGCAUUCAAGCCCUUCGCGAUGCUUUCCCACUAUUCCGCAUCCAAAUGGGCUGUACGUGGCUUCACUCAGGCUUUCGCAAUGGAGAUGGCUGAGCACAAGAUCACGGUCAAUGGGUAUGCUCCGGGUAUAGUCGGAACUGCGAUGUGGGAUCUCAUUGACGAGGAGCUGGGCAAGAAGAAGGGUGUUCAGAAGGGAGAGACAAUUAAUAAAUAUGUAACAGAACUGACUGCUCUGGGAAGAGUCAGCGUCCCCGAGGAUGUUGCGAAGACCGUGAGCUACUUGGCCAGUCCCGAUUCUGAUUUCAUGACGGGUCAGACUUUGAUCAUUGAUGGCGGUAUUUGCUUCAGUUAAGUCUUGGUUCUGUUUUGGACUUCAUGUGUAUUGGUGGAUGAAUCUCCAUAAUCGGCUCGGAAUGGCAAAAGAUCUAUUAUCUCUUAUUGCUGGCCAAACCCUUGUGUAUUGCUUUAAUUACCAACUAUUCAUGUUUAUCAAGGAUUUCUACUCAUGAAUAAUACUGCUCAGCAACGCCACCGCUAGCACUGGGGUAAUUGGAUUCUCUUUCAUCAAUAAAGCCGGGGGUUUGUGGAGGCAGAAUUAGGUCAUCAAAAGAUACGGCUUCCUUUAGGGAUAAGAGCGGAAAUUUUAGAGCAUUAUAAGGGCGAGAUGAAGUCCGAAUAUUGUUAAUAUCUCUCUUUUUCUUCCCAAC